GCCCGCCUACCCCGGGCCGCCGACCCGCGCCGCAGCCGCCCGCCCGGCCCCCCGCCCGGCCCGGGAUGAAGGCGGCCCAGGAGGCUGGCGAGGAGGCGCCGCCAGGCGCGCGGUCCGCCAAGGUGGUCCUGGUGGGCGACGGCGGCUGCGGGAAGACGUCGCUGCUGAUGGUCUUCGCCGAUGGGGCCUUCCCCGAGAGCUACACCCCCACAGUGUUUGAGCGGUACAGUGUCAAUCUGGAAGUGAAAGGCAAACCUGUGAACCUCCAAGUCUGGGACACAGCAGGGCAAGAUGACUAUGACCGCCUGCGGCCCCUGUUCUACCCUGAUGCCAGCGUCCUGCUCCUCUGCUUUGAUGUCACCAGCCCACACAGCUUUGACAAUGUCUUCGACCGGUGGUACCCAGAGGUGAGUCACUUCUGCAAGAAGGUGCCCGUCAUUGUCGUGGGCUGCAAGACCGACCUGCGCAAGGACAAGUUGAUGGUGAAUAAGCUCCGGAAAAACGGGUUGGAGCCCGUGACCUACCACAGGGGCCAAGAGAUGGCGAGGUCCGUGGGUGCAGUGACCUACCUUGAAUGUUCAGCUCGGCUGCAGGACAAUGUCCACGCCGUCUUCCAGGUGGCAGCUGAGGUAGCUCUCAGCAGCCACAGUCGCAACGUCUGGCGGCGGAUCACCCAUAGGUUUUGCGUGAUGACUUGACUGGCCUGGGCUCCUCCCUGCCCAGGACCACCUAGCACCUCUGGGAGGAGCUGGGCACUGACCUUUUGCUGAGUUGGCAGGGCUGGACCCAGUUCCCAAGCUGUGGCUGCUAAGCUGUACCUCAAUAGGUGAGCACUACCAAGGCCAGGCCUUGGGGCCUGGGAAACCUGGAUUGAGGCUGAGGGUUCCCAGACCCACCAGCCCUGUGCUGGGCUAGUCCUGGAGUCCCCUGGAAUCACUCACAGGCUCCCAGGGUUCAGUCCUGGACUAACAUCCUGGAGUGGCCUGUGUAGGCUAGCGCCACCUUGUGGCUAUUCCCAGGGCUGCACCUGCAGGACAUAGCCUUAGGACCCUCCUGUUCCUUCCCCGUUCUGCCUACCC